AUGCACAAGAUAUCCAACUUUACGGGUCAGGCCCGUCAUGGUUGGGAACGAAUGACGCCGACUUUCGGGAUGUCCAGACCUCACACCGACAUGGCCUUUCGCCGACCACACGGAGCGCCGCCGAUGACACCGCCGACGAGCAUCGACCCGACCGUCAACCUGUCCUUCAACGUCCCAUUUUCAUCCACUCUAGCCGGGCCCGAUGUUGAGGACGUGCUCCACGCUAGCCCCGGGGCCGUUCAACGCUGGACCUUUCCAGAAGGGACGCCCGAGGGCACCUCCGUCCAUCAACUGCCCGUACACACGAAUAACGUCGAGGGCUUGCAACGAUUAUGCCGGAAGAUCACGGAGGAGAAAGGUGGCCGGGUCGAAGCCACACUCACGACCUCAGAGGCCAAAGCGGUCCCUUCGCUACAGCGCCGCCCAAAUGGCUUGGUGACCAACGUCUGUGUGACUGGAGAUGGAGAGAUGGCGCGCAAGAUGCGGGCGAAAAUCUUGAACGAGACCCCGAUCAUGCUGCGAUGUGCGACCGUCGAUGUUGAUAUGCAUCUCAUCAUGGAUGCAUCACCCAAGGGAAUCCGAGCUAGCGUGCUUGAGCACCUCGAUACAUUGGCUGCUUACACCGGAGCCGAUAUUUUCUUGCUCACCCCCAAGCUCCACGAUGCGGAUAGCGCCGUGGUCUCCUCCUAUGGCUACGCGUCGGAUAACGGCCUGGAUCAGCGAUUCCGAGUUGCUAUCUACGGUGACUUGGAGAGCUCGGAACAUGCCAAAACCAGGGUUCUCAUUAUGAUUGACCAAAUUGUAAGUUUGGAUGCCAAGGUGGGGGAGCACCACAAGUUGACCAGGAAACAGCUCAAACGCCAUGUGGACGCCAUUAAACUGGACUCGACCAUGCACACCUUGGUCUGUGGUCGGACUCGCAAGAACAUCAAGCUUAUCGAGGCUGCUACGGGCUCCGCCAUCUACUUCCCCCCUCCAUUCCCUCAGAUUUUCGGAUAUAUCCCACCCGGUGCGAAUCGUCGAAGCGAGGAUGAGGUGUACAUCACAGGCGAGACACCCGAACAGAUUGCUCGCGCGAAACAGAAGCUGCGCGAGCUGGUGAUGGGAGUGAAGAUUUUCGUGAAGGAUGUGGUGGUGAGCUCAAGCAAGAUCGACAACAUCUUGCUCGACCGCCUGGACAAAGUGCGAAAGGUCAUGGAGAUGAACGGAUCCUAUGUUCUGUUCCCCCAGCUGGGCAGCCAACGAGGCCUCGUUCGAAUUCAAGGCACUGAGGUGCUUCAUGUCGAACGGACCGUUAGAGAAAUCAUGGCUUUGGCCGGUCAGUUCUACAGUGCCUCUUGGUGGAUUAUCAUGCCCGACCCCGCUCAAGGUGGUCUUCGUGCCCCUUCGACCACCGACAUUCGCUCCAUGCUAUCCGAUAUCUGCACCAACUCGGAAGCCGAGGUUAGCUUCGAUAAUCUGACCUUCACGAUUAACGGUUCCGACGAUGCGGUUAAGGCUGCCAUGACAGUUAUAAAUCAGAUUCCCUUCGUUAUGCGAAGCCAAUACCAGAUGCGAGUCAAGAUCGAACUCGCAAACGAGCACAAGGAGUUUGUGAGCGGCAAGAAGAAUGGCAAGAUCAACAAGAUCAUGGGCCAGAGCAACGUUCAGAUUAUCUUCGACGGCUUCAACGAGUACAACUUCUACAUCGACGUUUGUGGUAACCAGUACGAGUCGACCAAGAAUGGCCUUGAUCUGGUCGAGCAGGAGAUGCCCGCCUCGAUUUCGUUCCAUGUACCGGAUCAAUACCACAAGCGAAUUAUCGGAAUUGGUGGACAGCACAUUCAACGCAUCAUGAAGAAGUACUCUGUCUUCGUGAAGUUCUCCAACGCCAUGGACCGUGGCGGUAUGGGCAAGGAAGACGACGACAUCAAGGUCGACAACGUCAUUUGUCGGACCCCUGCUCGCAACGCCCAGAGUCUGGACCUAGUGAAGCAGGAGAUCAUGGACAUGGUCGAGAAAGUGGAUGCCGAAUACGUCUCCGAACGAGUCGUCAUCAACCGCUUGUAUCACCGUGAGCUUUUGGCCCGCAUGACUGAGAUCGACGAGCUGGAGAAGAAAUGGAACUGCAAGAUCGAGUUCCCUAGCACGGAACUCGCCAGCGACGUGGUCACCAUCUCCGGACCUGAGUACCAGGUCCCUCAAGCCGUCGACGCUCUCCUUGGAAUGGUCCCCGAGAGCCACGAGCUUCACUUCCAAAGCUCGGUGGAGCUCCAAGACUACUUCAAGUGCUCUGAUUUCUUUGCAGAUGUCCGCACCAAGCUCAAGGAGCAGUACGAGGUCGAUAUCAACGUGGACGUUGGUACGGACCUCCCCACCACUGCCGAAGAGGGAUCCGGCUCCUCCUCUCCCACCCCUGGCCCCGAAGAUCGUGUUGUGCUAGGCUACACGCGCAACAAUGCCGGUGGAUUGAAGGAUGCGAUCGACUUCCUCAUUUCCCGUCUUGUUGCGCACGGUCUUGACGCCAACACCGUCAAGGGAGCGAUCCCCCGCCCCAAAUCGGACUCGUUCGAGGAAUCCUUGCCCUUCUUCGAUUCGAAGCUGUUGCAGCACGCCCCUGCACCCCUUUCCACCGACUCGCCCACCCGGCCCAACUUCUCCGACGAGACCAGCGAGCGGGGCUCGAUCUUCGAGCGCCUCCGCAAGCCCGGCAGCAUCUCGUCUUUCUCCUCAUUCAUCGGCCGCAAGAACCACUCCGCCUCGCCGGGGUCGUUCUUCAAACAUGCCUCGAGCAACGCCUCCAAGGCCUCGCUCGUCUCCAUGGAGUCCCGCGACAGCGGCUACCGCAACCCAUGGAAUGACUCUGGCGUGAACCUCCCCGAGGACGACAUGCCCGUCCUCGGCAGUUCGCAUAGCCACAAGAGCAGCAACAGCAAUGGCUGGCCCACGCGUUUCGACGCCAAGUUUCCCUUCGGCACCGCGCCCGGUGACAUGACGCCUAAGCAUGACCCGCGCACAUCUUUUGACAGUGGUCGUCCUAGCACUUCCAAUUCUACUUCUGGAUACCCGGCCCCAAUUGGGCCACCGCCUACCCCGUAUACAUCGAAUCUAUUCACAAUGGACUACCCCCGUCCCGACUUCCAACGCACCUCUCUAAACUGGAGCUCCCUCGACGGACCCUGGACCUUCACCUUCGACGACAAAGACGAAGGUCUAACCUCCCAAUGGCAAAAGAACAGCCUCCCAGCCCCAUCCCAGACAAUCACCGUCCCCUACGCCUUCCAAACACCAGCCUCAGGAAUCAACCUCAUCGAAGCCCACGAGGUCCUCUGGUACGAACGUCAUAUCACCGACAUCCGCACUCCGUCCGAAAAAGCCAAUGGAAACAAACUGAUUCUCCGCUUCGGCGCCGUCGACUACGAAUGCUCUAUUUGGAUCGAUGGUGUCUGCGUCGGUGGCCACGUCGGCGGCCAUGUCCCCUUCGACAUCGAUGUCUCUGAUGCCCUGCAUGCGAAAGCUGAGGCUCGUCUCACGCUCCGCGUUAGAGACUCGCCUUAUGACAUGACGCAGCCUCGGGGUAAGCAGUUCUGGGGCCCGGUGCCGGAAAGCAUUUUCUAUACGCCUAGUGGAGGCAUUUGGCUUUCGGUUUGGUUGGAGAGUGUUCCUGCUACGCGCAUUUUGUGUGGUAGUGGGGGGACGGUCUUGCGGGCUGAUGAUAUUGAUGGUGGGAAGUUGAGGGCGAAGGUGGCUGUUGCUGGGAGGAGGGUUGGGAGUGUUGCGAAGGUGGAAAUUGAGGCUGCGCUUGGAGGUUUGAAUAUUGGUAAAGCUGCAGGAGAUAUUCCUAAGGAUAAGGAAUUCGUUUCUGUGGAGUUGGGAAUGAAAGCUUCGGAUGCUGCGCAGAGUGAGUUGAAGAAGAAUGGAGGUGUCUUUGGUGUUGAUGGUGUUUGGCAUGGAGGUGUUGCGCUCUGGGCACCGGAACAUCCUGUCUUAUACGAUCUUACACUUCGAUUAUUCGAUGGGUCUGGCAAAUUACUCGAUGAGAUCCAAACCACUGCCGGCAUGCGUAGCCUGUCCUGGCAAUCUGGAGAUGGAACCUUCCGACUGAAUGGCAAGCCAUAUUUCCAGAUGUUGUUCCUGGAUCAAGGAUACUGGCCUGAGACGGGUCUCACGCCUCCCUCCUCAGAAUCUCUCAAGACGGAUAUCGAACUGGCCAAAAAAGUCGGGUUCAAUGGCUGUCGCAAGCAUCAGAAAGUCGAAGACUCGCGCUUCUUCUACUGGGCAGAUCGACUAGGCUUCCUAGUCUGGGGCGAAAUGGCCAAUGCCUACGAAUUCGGCGAUCAAUAUAUUCAGCGAUUCACCGCUGAAUGGACCCAAGCCGUCAAGAGAGAUAUCAACCACGCAUCAGUCGUAACCUGGACGCCAAUCAAUGAAUCUUGGGCUGUUCCAGCCCUAGAAGACAACAUCGAGCAACGCAACCACAUCCGUGCGCUAUACUACUUGACCAAGAACCUCGAUCCAAGCAGACCAGUCAACGACAACUGCGGCUGGCAACAUAUAAAAACCGAUCUCACAACCUUCCACGACUACAGCGACUCAGCCGAGCUGGCGACAACAUGCUCUACCAUGUCUGGGAUUCUCGGCCCAAAGGGCGACCAUAAAGAACGCAGCAUGUUCCCCAAACCAAUCUGCUCUGGCGCAGUAGUCCUGGACGAAGGCUCGCACCAUGUCCCCGGCGCACCGGUGAUCUGCAGCGAAUUCGGCGGUGUCAACAUCGCCCCGCCGAAGGAUUCUGCUGCUGCUGGCGAGCGGGACUGGGGCUAUACGACUGCCAGUGAUCCGGCCGAUUUCCUCGUGCGAUUUGAGAAGCUCGUGAAGGCUGUUGUGGAGCCCGGACAUAUUUGUGGUCUCGUCUGGACUCAGCUGUGUGACAUCGAGCAGGAGGUGAAUGGUUUGUACACGUAUGAUCGCAAGGAAAAGGUUCCGACCGACAAGGUUAAGGCUAUUAUGGAUGCUGCGAAGGACCACUAUCAUCAGCAUUUGACGGCGGACAAGGAGAUGGCGAAGAAGUUGGAGGAGUACAAGGUCAUGGUGCAUGAGGAUCUGAUCUGA